AUGUUAGACAAAUCUGAUGAUUUCGAAAAAUUUAAAUUCAAAAAUAUCAAUAUUCUUUCAGAAAAAACGAUUUACAGAGCAAUUAUGUAUAAUGACAAGGAAGAAUUUAUCUAUUUCACUGAAAGAGAUGAUUUUGAUAAAAAUCAAAAACUUAAAAGUGAUUUAUAUCCAGCUUCUUAUCAAGGAUAUUCAUUACUUGAAUUAUGUUGUUACCACGGAGCAGUUGAUUGUUUCAAGUUAUUAAGAACAAAAUUUAACUUAGAAAUAACUUAUAUGUGUCUAAAUUUAUCAUUUUUAGGAGGAAAUCAAGAGAUCAUGAGUGAAUGUUUGAAAUAUCAAACACCAAGUGAAGCAUGCAUGAAUUUUGCAAUUAUUUCACACAACAUUGAUUUUGUUACAUUCUUGAUGAACGAAUACAAUAUAACGAUCAAUUUAUUGAAUUGUGGAAAUUAUAAUAAUCUUGAAUCAUUUUUAGUUUAUUUCGAUCAAACUAAUGAUUUUAACCAAUGUUUUACUUAUUCCCCAUUGUUUGAAAUUCCAUCACUUUGCAAAUAUUUUCUUUCACGUGGUGCAGAUAUCAAUGAAAAAGAUAUUUUAGGAAGAACUGCUCUUAAUUAUGCACAAAAUUGUAAUAGUAAAGAAACAGUACAACUUCUUAUUUCAUAUCAAGUUCGAUCGCGUGCUGCAUUUAUUAAGUUACCCGAUUAA